UUUCUGUGUUUGUGUAUUCGUGUGUAUUUUGUGGUUUUGAUUUUUUUGUGUUUCUGUUUGUAUUUUUGUGUUUUAUAUUUUCUGUGUUUUGUGUUUUUUUUUGUAUUUUAUGUAUUUUCUUGUUUUUGUAUUUUAUGGCUGUAUUUUGUGUUUCUACAGAUGAGGACUCUUGCGAAAGCUUCAUUUCCCAAGUCAAUGGUCUAAAAAAGUGUUGCCCAGUCUUAAUCGAAAGAGAACAUCAACAACAUUACCAAAUGAAUGGAUUUAUUAAAUCAAACGAGGAAAUGGUUGUAGCAAAAAUUGUUUGUGGUUCUUGGUCUUCAGAAAUAGAUUCAAAAUCAAUGGAUGGGAUAUCUGGAAAAUUGAAAGAAAAAAUUGAUGAGGCAAUGAGAGAUUUGAAUUUGAGUGAGGAAAUGGAUGAUUCACUGGAACAAAGUCAGGAAGAUGAGGAUCUCAUGACGCUUUCAAAAAUCGAUAUUUGA